AUGACACAAAGGAGUGAGAGGGGAGAUGAUCAAAGUAUCAGAUAUGUCACUCUUGGUUGUGCACGUGGAGGGAAGGCCCGGAUUAAGAGUUUGAACGUCGCAACACCACGCCCGACAGGAAAGACGGAUUGUAAGGCAAGGAUUAAUGCCUUAAAGGUUGAUGGAAAGAUGCGGUUGACAACAGUCCAUAAUACACAUAAUCACGGCCUCAGUCCAAAUAAAUCUCGUUUCUUUCGUUGUAACAGAAAAAUGAGUGAGACUGUAAAAAAAGUUCUAGAUACAAAUGACUUGGCUGGGAUCCGGAUGAAUAAGAGUUUUGGAUCUCUUGUCAUUGGUGCCGGAGGCUUCGAGAACCUCCCGUUUUUGGAAAAGGAUUGUCGCAAUUAUAUAGACAAGGCACGUCAUCUACGACUUGGUGCAGGUGGUGCUGGAGCACUUCGAGAUUAUUUUUUGAAGAUGCAGUACAAGAAUAAUGGUUUUUUUGCAUUGAUGGACUUAAGUGAUGAUGGGAGGCUAAAGAAUAUAUUUUGGGCAGAUCCACGCAGUAGGGCGGCCUACCAGUAUUUUGGUGAUGUCUUCACAUUCGAUACCACAUACCUCAAGAAUAGAUAUGGGAUGCCAUUUGCACCAUUUGUUAGUGUAAACCACCAUAGACAAUCCAUUCUUUUGGGAGCGGGGUUGAUUUCAAGUGAGAAUACAGAGACCUUUACAUUGUUAUUCCAGACAUGGUUGCAGUGUAUGGAUGGUAUACCUCCAAAAGCUAUUAUUACUGAUCAAGGUAGAGCAAUGAAAAAUGUAAUUGCUAAUGUUUUUCCAGAAAGUCGAUCUCUAAUUGAAAAGAGAUUUCAAGAGUUGUACACAAAUGCUAAAUUUAGGGAAGUCCAGCAGCAAGUAAUGGGUGUGCUCGAUAUGGAUCCAUGUCUACUCAGUGAGGAUGGUGUAAUGAAAACAUAUCUGGUGGAAGAUGAAGUUUGUGUUGAAGAGUUCACUAAGCUUGUGUCCUAUAUAGUUAACUUCAAUGUGGAAGACUGCGAUGCAAAGUUCAUUUGGAUGAUAACUUAUGCAGCGGGUUCCAAUGAGCAGUUUGAAGAUGCAAAAAAAAAGUUAUAUUCAAUGAUUGACUUGUACCGUGAGAAUCAACACCCCCUAUCUAUGACCCAAACAGGUUCGAAUGCUGGUUUUACGACACUGGAUACAAAUGCUAGUAGUUCAAAACCCGUACUAAGUCCAAAUGUUGUGUGA